CGUUUUCAUGGGCUUUGUGGCUUUCUUGCCUUUUCGCAGUUUCUGUUACAGCCAGCUUACAAGUGUUUGGUUGUAAGCUAGUAUAUGUUUAACUGCGCAAUUCCAAAUUUGCAUUAGGAAGAACAACUGCUCACCAUAACAGGUCAACUUAUAUCUGGAUUGCUGUAUUUAACACGUUUUUUUUAACCAGUCAUUUAGCUCUGGUCGCCUGAAUCAAUUGUUCGCGACGCGACAUCUGUUUUACAUUUUUUAGGAGGUUAUAUUGGGUGGGUUAUUUGCCAUUUUUUAAUAUUUGGCCUACUUUUAAAUUUCGAAUCAGCAUUUUUGUUUUACAAUGGCGACCGCAACUUCGACUCCGGCCGGGCAAAGAAUAAGCUCCCGCAUUGCCGGCAGCACUCCUCUGAGCCCCACGAGGAUUUCCCGGCUGCAAGAAAAAGAAGAGCUCUGCAAUCUGAACGACCGACUGGCCAUUUACAUCGACAAAGUCCGAAGCCUUGAAUCCGAGAAUAGCGUUCUCCAUUUGCAAAUCACCGAGAAGGAAGACGUCCGAAAUCGGGAGCUUACGGGUUUGAAAUCAUUGUACGAAACCGAGCUCGCUGACGCCAGGAGAUCCCUCGAUGACACGGCCAGAGACCGCGCGAGGCUGCAAAUCGAAUUGGGAAAGAUCAAAUCCGAGCAUGAGCAGUUACUACAGACCCAAGCCAAGAAGGAUGCGGACCUCUCCGGCACCCAGGCCCGGCUGAAGGACGCGGAGGCUCUGCUCAACUCCAAAGAGGCGGCGCUGGCCACUUCGCUGACCGAGAGGAGGACCCUAGAGGCCGCCAUGGCUGACCUGCAGGCCCAGGUCCAGGAGCUGGACACAGGUCUGAUCGCAGCCAGGAAGCAGCUGGGCGAGGAGACCCUGCUCCGUGUGGACCUGGAGAACCGAUGCCAGAGCCUGAUGGAGGAUCUGGAGUUCCGCAAGAACAUGUUUGAGGAGGAGGUAAAGGACACCAGGCGCAGGCAUGAGACGCGUCUGGUGGAGGUGGACUCGGGCAGACAGAUGGACUACGAGUUCAAGCUGCAGCAGGGGCUGACCGACAUGCGGCAGCAGCAGGAAGAGCAAGUCAAGCUCUACAAGGACGAGAUGGAGACGACCUACGUGGCCAAGCUGGAGAACGUGCGUAUGUCCUCGGAGAUGAACAGCAGUGCUGCCAGCAUGGCUCGGGAGGAGCUGAAGGAGUCUGCGCUCCGUGUGGAGAGCCUGGCCGCCCAGCUGUCCAGCAUGCAGAAGGAGACUCGCGGUUGGCAGGAGCGCAUCAGCGAGCUGGAGAAUGCCCUGUCUCAGGAGCGUGACAUGAGCCGGCGGAUUCUGGCCGACAAGGAGCGCGAGAUCUCUGACAUCCGCGCCAAGAUGCAGCAGCAGCUGGAUGACUACGAGCAGCUGCUGGACGUCAAGCUGGCCCUGGACAUGGAGAUCAACGCCUACCGCAAGCUCCUUGAAGGAGAGGAGGAGAGGCUGAAUCUGUCCCCCAGUCCAUCGUCCCGUGUGACUGUGUCUCGGGCGUCCUCAUCACGGAGCGUGCGCACCACACGGGGCAAGCGGAAGCGCGUGGACGUGGAGGAGUCGGAGGCCAGCAGCUCCGUCAGCAUCGCUCACAUGGCCUCGGCCACUGGCAACGUCUGCUUCGAUGAGCUGGACGUGGACGGCAAGUUCGUCCGCCUGCUCAACACCUCCGAAGAGGACCAGGCCAUGGUGGGGUAUGAGAUGACCAGAGUGAUCAGCGACACCUCGGCCACCUACAAAUUCACCCCCAAAUACGUCCUCAAGGCUGGGCAGGCAGUCACUAUCUGGGCCUCAAAUGCUGGAGUGGGCUUCAACCCUCCCACUGACCUCGUCUGGAAGGGCCAGACCUCCUGGGGCACUGGAGAGGACGUGAAGGUGGCGCUGACUGACCCUCAGGGAGAGGAAGUGGCUGUGAGGAGUACGGUGUUCAAGAUGGCCAGUGCUGAAGACGAGGAGGGUGAGGAAGACGAGGAGGAGGAGGAGGAGGAGGAAACCAUGGAGGUAAUGGAGGAAGAUCUCUUCCACCAGCAGGGAGAUCCCCAUCCUGCCAAGAGAGGUUGCUCCAUCAUGUAAUCUCAUCAAACCACCUCCAGACCGCUCACCUCAUCCUCCAACAACUUUUACUGCCAGCUGCCAACCCUACCAUCACAGAAAUAUUUUUAUACCUUUUUUGUCUAUUGUAAAAAAAAAAAAAAAAACUUUUUGGUGACAGUACGUUUUUAUUUUUGUGACUCAUGAUUUCACAAUACUAGGCUUUGUAUGAACCAAAUUAUUAUUUCUAUAAUUAUUAUUAUAAUUAUUAUGAUGUUUUUAUCAGAGGGGAGGACUUUUAUUUUAUUUUUUUGUAGCACAAAAAAUUGGAACAUCUUUACCAGAGGCAGCUUUGUGAAAUUGUCAGUUCCUUCAGGUGCUGUGACUAAAACACUUCUCAGUAUCUUUAUUUCUACUCUAAUGAAGAAAACCUAGGAUUUUAAAGCGUCUUUCUAGAAAGUAUUUUUUCUCAUAGUCUUAGAAGGUUAAAAUGUUGCGUACCAUAUAGGACGUAUUUUACAUGCAUGUGAGUGAAAAGGAUAAUAAAAAAAAAAAUUAAGUAA